AUGGCUGACGGACGCAGAGGUCGUGGUAGGCCUAGAACUCAGAACUCGGACUCUGAACCGCCAAGUGGUAGUGAAGGUUUUCAAUGGCCUCAGUUUAUGCAACAGAUGCAACAGCAACAAAAUCAAUUCAUGCAACAGAUGAUGCAGCAGUGGAAUGGUGGGUUGCAUCCUCAAGGAGUUCCACAGGUAGCUACAGGUGGUAGUUUCCGAGAUUUCUUCCGCAUGAAUCCCCCAGAAUUCCAUGGUGGGCUGAAUCCUUUGAAGGCUCAGGAGUGGAUAACCGGCAUGGAAAGGAUUUUUCAGGUAGUGCAUUGUAGUGAAGAAAAUGAGGUUGUGUUUGCUUCUCAUAUGAUGAAGGGUCCAGCUGUAAGAUGGUGGGAGAGUGCUUCAACUCUUAUGACCAAUCAAGGAAUACCUAGAGAUUGGGAGAAUUUUAAGACUGUUUUCUUGGAUAAGUACUUUCCUAGUUCUUUGAGGACUCAGAAAGAGUUUGAAUUUCAACAGCUCAGGCAGGGAGCUAUGUCAGUAGCUGCGUAUGCUGAAAAGUUCGAAGAUAUGGCUGCGUAUUCUAGACAAGCCGCGUACGCUCCUGAUGAGAGGUGGAAGAUUGAUCAGUUUCUUUUUGGUUUGAGGGGUGAAAUUUCUCAUAGUGUUUCUCAAAGGGAAUUCACUUCUUAUGCUGAACUAUUAAGACAAUGUUAUGUGGCUGAGAACAGUUUGAAGAAGGUUCAGGAAGAAAGGGAUCAGUACAGGAGUGGGCAGAGAGACCAAGGAAGGCCAGGAAAUCAGUUCAGGCCUAGAUCCCAGGCUUUCAAGGGGAAACAGGUGCAACAUGCAAGACCUAACCAACCUCCUCAAUGUCAAGUAUGUAAGAAGUAUCAUCUUGGAAAAUGUACUGUAAGUGGAAUUAGGUGUUUUACAUGUCACAAGGAGGGACACAUGUCUAGGGAAUGUCCUCAGAAUAAGAAUCAGAUACAGGGGAGGAGCGCUGGUCGAGUUUAUACUUUGGAUGCAAGGAAGGCUAAGAGCAACAAUGCCUUAAUUGCUGGUACGUGUUUCAUCAAUAAUCAUCCUUGUUUUGUAUUGUUUGAUUGUGGGGCGACACACUCUUUUGUAUCAAUUCGGUGUAUGAAGCGUCUUGGCUUGCAAGCAAUUCCCUUGUCUCCUCCUAUGGUGGUUACUACCGCCAUGGAUGAUGCGGUUGAGACACCGUUGAUUUGUGAAAAUUGUUCGCUCUCGGUGAAUGGUAGAGUUUUUCAGAUUGAUCUUAUUUGUUUACCACUUAAGAAGGUUGAUGUUGUUUUGGGGAUGGAUUGGCUUUCUGCCAACUCGGUGUUUAUUGGUUGUGAAGAGAAAUUGAUUAUCAUUCCAUCUAGUGAAGCUACUCCAAAGGAUGUGUUAACUAUAAUCUUGGAAGGUACGGUUGGCAUGGUUAAUUUCUUGUUUGAGAAUGAAAAGUCAGUUCUCUUGGCUCUUACCAAGGAAUCUAGCGAUAAUCUGAAUGUUACACAAAUCCCUGUUGUUUGUGAAUUUCCGGAAGUUUUUCUUGAGGAUGUCUCCUCUCUUCCUCCUGAAAGGGAAGUGGAAUUCUCUAUUGAUCUGGUACCUGGGACGGCUUCAAUCUCCGUCUCUCCUGUCUCACCAUGGGGAGCUCCAGUGUUACUAGUAAAGAAGAAGGACGGUAGUAUGCGGUUGUGUAUUGAUUAUCGUCAAUUGAAUAAAGCUACCAUCAAGAACAAGUACCCUCUGCCUCGGAUAGACGAUUUGUUAGAUCAGUUGAAAGGAGCCUGCGUGUUCUCGAAGAUUGAUUUGCGAUCGGGCUAUCAUCAAAUAAGAGUUAAGAGUUCGGAUGUGCCGAAGACCGCGUUUAGGACCCGAUAUGGCCAUUAUGAGUUCCUUGUAAUGCCGUUUGGUGUAACGAAUGCCCCAACUAUUUUCAUGGACUAUAUGAAUCGGAUAUUCCAACCCUACUUGGACCAGUUCGUGGUGAUCUUUAUUGAUGACAUUCUUAUUUAUUCUCGUACUCCUCAAGAGCACGGAGAACACUUAAGGAUUGUUCUAUCAAUACUGCAAGAGAAACAACUGUUUGCCAAGUUAAGUAAGUGUGAAUUUUGGAUGAAUGAAGUAAGGUUUCUUGGUCAUGUGAUAUCACAAGGAGGAGUAUCGGUGGAUCCAUCUAAAGUUGAAGCAGUUAUCAAUUGGGAGAGACCGAAGAAUGCUUCCGAAGUCAGAAGUUUCUUAGGUUUGGCAGGUUACUAUCGAAGGUUUAUAAAGGGAUUUUCACAGAUAGCGUUACCAAUGACUAGACUUACCCGAAAGGAAAUUUCUUUCAAAUGGGAUUCAAAGUGUGAGAAGAGUUUUAUGAGUUUGAAGGAGAAGUUGACGACUGCCCCUGUUUUAGUCAUCCCUGAUCCUAGUAAGUCUUAUGAAGUAUUUUGUGACGCCUCUAAGAAAGGAUUAGGAGGGGUGUUAAUGCAGAAUGGUCAAGUUGUAGCCUAUGCCUCCCGUCAGUUGAAGCCUCAUGAAGAGAACUACCCAACUCAUGAUCUUGAACUGGCUGCUAUUGUCUUUGUAUUGAAAGUUUGGAGACAUUACUUGUAUGGGGUGCAUUUUCAGAUGUUUAGUGACCACAAGAGUUUGAAAUACUUAUUUGACCAGAAGGAGUUAAACAUGAGACAGAGGAGAUGGAUGGAAUACUUGAAGGACUAUGAUUUUGAGCUUAAGUAUCACCCAGGGAAGGCGAAUAAGGUUGCGGAUGCCUUGAGUCGGAAAGAGAUACAUAAAGCUGAAUUAAUGAUGUUGGAAUAUGCGUUGUUGGAAAAGUUCCGAGAUCUCAAUCUUCAGUUUAGUUGGACGCAGGAUGGUGUGAUAAUGGGAAAUUUGAAUGUUACCUCUAACCUAAGGGAAGAGAUCCGACAAGGACAAAUGAUAGAUGAGAAAUUGCAAAAGAUGUCUGUCAUACGGUGA